AACGCACAGAUGAGUGACGCACGCGGCUCCGGCAGGCAGCGCUAGCGUGAAGGCGUGAGAUAAAUAACUCACAAAACCGCUGGAAAUCACCGUCGAAUCAGCGACAACGCGCCCGGACGCGACGAGCCUCAGUCAUGAAGACGAACACCUUCUCGCGGGAUUUAGGAUAGAGAGACAGAAGAACACACACACACUGAUCAUGGGCUCGUCUCUCAGUGAACCCUGCAUCUAUGAUAAGCUGUCGGAGAGCAUCGACAUCCUGCGGCAGUCCGGUUACCGCUACGGGAUGAGCGAGAGAGAGAUCGAGAAGUUCAUCAAGCAGGUGCUGGAGACUAACGAGCCCCGCAGGGACCCGCCGCAGUUCCCCAUCCUGAGAGCCACCGUCAAGCUGGUGCUGGUGCUGGGGGUUCUGCUGAUGGCGGUGCUGGUGUUCACGUAUCCUCACAGUGCGCCGCUGCUGGACUCCUCGAGCGCAGCCGGACACAACAGCUCAUCUCCUCUCAGUCACGCACGACUGCUGGAGCUGCCCAUCGCCAACAAAUACAACCUGCACGGUUUUCACGAGUGGUGGGUGUCUGGCGCGCUGCAGAUGCCGCAGGGGAACUGCUCGGCCUGCGCAGACGUGACAGCGGUGCUAGAGCUGAGAGCGUCUGCGGGGAUCGAAAAACACACACAGCCACUGCUGCUCAAGGGCGGAGAGUCUCUGUCUCGCCGUGUGUCUCAUCUGGAGCAGUUUUCACAGCCGGACACACUCACAGCAACACCUGCCAACUUCACCCUGCUCUGGAGUUUCUCGUCCAGUCCCAGAGAGACGGUUCUCCACUGGUUGUUUCCUGACGCUGAGCUCUGCCCUCUGCUGGAGAACACGGGAACAACACUGCAGCGCUGCCAGCUGACUGACAGCACCAGCACACAACACACGGGAGUGCAGGUGUGGGGUUGGCUGGUGGUGUCUGAAGGUUCUCCGUGGGUCCGUGUUCUUCCCGUGCAGCGAUGCCAAACCCUCUGCCGCUCCUUCAGUCUGUGGCUGGAGCCGGGAGACGCAGUGUUCGCAGACCCGCGCUUCUGGCUGCUGGAGCUCUUCCCGUCUGGAGGUCAGAGCGUGCUGUGUGACGGCCCUGUGCUCUGAGAGUCUCAGCAGAGCUUAUAACCUCUCACACACACACACAGAUGCAUCAGCUCUUCUCCUCCUUUCUCUCAUUCAGACGUGCUUGUCUUUCUGCUGAGCUUCUGUGAUCUUCAGGUCCGGUGAUGUUUUCUGAUCUUCACGCUCAGGAACACGUUCGCUCAUAUUUCACCGCAAAAGUUAAAAGAAACUCUAUUUUGUUUAAAGAAAGUCAAACCUAUUUUAGGAUAUUUUAUUACAUUUUGACAUUGAUUUCAUGACCAUUAAGCACAUUUCAUCCCAAAAUUACUGGGAUGCAAAAUAAUAAUAAUAAUAAUCAAUCUCGUUACAGUAUGCAAAAAUGUCUCAUUACUUAAUCCAGCUAAUUAAUGUUAAUAUAUAAAUGGUUCAUUAUUUUUACAUCAUGG